GGGUCGCGCGCGUGCUACCCGUGCGCUGCUUCGAAGCUGAGAUGUAAUGACACACUACCAUGCUCUCGAUGCCUGUCUCGAUAUCUUGAGUGCAUCUGCCCUGGAAAACCGAGGUUUCCCGCCAAAGCAGCACGAUCGUCGCGCCGAACCUCUCCAAUGACGAUUACUGAGCGAGAACCAGCUGUCGAAUCACUCGGUCUCCGAACCAACUUAGACGUGCCAGAACACCCAGAGGUCCACGAUGUCAACCCUGAUCCUUUCGGUGAACCCAGUUCCCCGUUGGCCAACGAUGCAUUGUGGAUCUCGUCCGCUCACGAGCCGCCUAGAGGAUCAAGCCUUACAUGGAAGGCUUGGCGGCAGUCGGAAGAGAUACUAUGCCUUGGCUACGCAAUAUGGAUGCUUCCAUUAGCCGUGGGAAGUACAGCGUCAUGUUCAUCACGGUCUUUCGCGUUUCGAACGACCGCAGAGCGACAAGCAAACGCGGCUCCCGGCACCCUCGCACCUAUUUGGCAUCCAUCGGUACCUCUCUUCAACAAAUGGCGAAGCGCGGCGUGUGACUGCCUUGACAUCCUCCACAGCUCCAUUUCGUCACGCAACGCCGCUAAAAAAAAAAAAAAGAGUCACCUACGGUUCUGCACUGCCACGUCGCUCGUGUUGCUCUCCUGUCGCCACUUUACCAUAUCGUCAGACUUGCGAGCCACCUCGUAUGCAAUACCAGGGGUACGCCACUGCCCUCCAGCGUCAAGAAUGUAAGCGAGGAUCGGCGAUUGAUCCGAUGGUCGACUUCGCAGGAUGAGGUUUGCGGGGAUUGAUAUGGCGUUUGAGCAGAAGGUGUCGGCGAGGGAGUUCAAGGGCAUCAGGAUGGAUGCGUUGAUAGUGAACUCGUAU